GAAUUUUACUCUUCAGAGAAAAUUCCACUUUCACUCGAGGAAAAGCAGGUCUAGAAACUCGCCAUCGGGAAAAGCCGCUGGAGGAGAAAGACGAUCGAUCCCAAUAGGAUCGAAAAAAUGGCUCGUGUUUUGCAUAGCCGAAAUGUGAUUAGGCACGUAGCUGCAAGAGGAACAAGCUUCCAGAAAUCUGACAAUAUGAUGCAUCAUCCGCUACUUUUCGCAUGCCAAGGGGUUCGAUACAGAAAAUUGGAGGUUAUUCUCACGACGACAAUAGAAAAGCUUGGGAAAGCUGGUGAGACAGUGAAAGUGGCUCCAGGAUACUUCCGUAACCACCUUAUGCCCAAACUUCUGGCUGUCCCUAACAUAGACAAAUUUGCCUAUCUCAUCCGAGAGCAGCGCAAGAUUUACAAAUGCGAAGAAGAUGAGGAAAUUAAGGUGGUUCAGAAAAGCACUGAAGACACAACAAAGGAAUAUGAAAAGGCUGCCAAGCGUCUUGCUACUGCCAACCUGGUACUCAGGAGGUUGGUUGACAAGGAAAAGUUCCGAAACCGCUCCUCAAAAGAUGACAAGCCAGAUGUAAGAACUCCUGUGACAAAGGAAGAGAUAGUUGCUGAGGUGGCCAGGCAGCUGUGCGUGAAGAUUGAACCGGAGAACGUUCAUCUGGCAUCUCCUUUGACGGCUUUCGGAGAGUAUGAAGUGCCUCUGCGUUUCCCCAAGUCUAUCCCUUUGCCGGAAGGAAGCGUUCAAUGGACUCUCAAAGUCAAAAUCCGCGGCAAAUAAGCUCUCGUUCUGAUGACCCUCUCCGAGAUGGUUAGCAGUUUUAGCCGUGGCCAAUUUAGGUGUUGGAAGUUCACAGCAUUCUUCGUUGGUUGCUAUUUAAUUUGAUCGACUUGUCCAGGUUAACCGGGCCGGUUUUGAGUUUGGAACUCUGUUUACAAUUACAAGUUAGUGAUCAGUUUUCUGGUUGGAGAAAACCGGAGUUAACCGGUUUUAGUCCGGUCGUGAGUUAGUAUUCUGGCAUUA